GUUUACCUGGGGCGGAGAAGCAGCACAUGACAGCAUCAGUAUACAGUAGAGACAUUUUUCUUAAUUGAGAGAAAUAUUUAUGAAAAAUUGUUUUUUUUCCACUUGCUGAUACUAACAAAGCAAUUAAAAUGCCACGACUUUCUUCAUGUUUUCUUGUGUUGAUCGCGGUGUGGGCCAUGACGGGUCAGAAUACAACCGACCACUCCCAAAGCCCCACCGGUAAAAGCAGUAACCUCACCACUGCAGUACCCACCAUCACAAGUGACAACGCAGCUUCCAGCAGUGACUUAACUACAACAGAGAGCAACGCCUACAGCAGCGCCUCAACAAAGAGCAAAGGUGGCAACAGUACUACACAGGAUGGAAUACUUCAAAGUACAGGGUCUACAGAGUCAACCACCAUGUCUGCUCCUCCUCCUCCUCCUACUCCUCCUCAUCCUCCUUCUCCUCAUUCUCCUACUCCUCAUCCUCCACCUACAGCACCUGCAACCCGCAACAGUGAUGAGAAGAGUACUACUGUCUCACCUAAUGCUGCAGGAAGUGAUAAAACAGGCAUCAUCAUCCUAAUCGUCCUCAUCCUUCUAACUUUUGUGCUUGGAGUUGCUUGUUUCUUCGCACGAGGGAGAGGGAGGCGCUACUCUGUUGAUAUAACCUCAAGACCAGAUGAAGUUACCGUCCCUCUCAGUGCUGUAGAGGCCGAGUUACCUGCCGAUUCAGGUCCUGAAAAGGAACUGCAAACCUUUCAAAGUACAGAAAAUCCUGCCGAAGAAGCAGAAGUCAAGCCUGAAGCACAGGAGGAGCAGAAAGAGGCUGAUAAACCCGCGGUUGAUCCCAGUGCUGAGUCUGCUGCUCCAGCUGCCAGCAGCUCAGACGACAAACCCAAAGAGGAUGAUGUUGAGAACAUUGUUGAAAGCAGUCCGGCACCUGCGGAGGUCACCGCAGAGGAGAAAACUGAUGACGAAGGCGCCGCCUCUAACAAGACUUCAGUGGAGUCGCUGAAGGAGACAAACGAGAACAGCAGCAACAAUGUUGGCCUCUGCCACAGGGGAGAAAUCCAAACGAGCUCCCUUCUCUGGGAUGUUUAUCUCGACUCUCCUGUGUGAGACAUUUCUGCAACCUUGUAACUGUGCAGUUCCUGGGAAACUCGAAUGAAGAAAAAGCCCAAAUUCCCACCAAACAACGAUGAUUCUGAAAUUUCACUGGAGAACCGAGGUCUUCCUUUGGGCAACAGCUUCCUCCUACUGCUAUCAUUGUUAGCAGGUUCACAUCUUCUGUUUCUUUCUUUACAUUAAAUGUUUACUACUAUCAUGACCAAGAGAUCUGAACUCUCCACAACUGGGUUGCACUUCCAGCUUCUUAAAAAUAAAGUUUGAUUUGAUUUGUAAGGAUAGUAAACACCCAUCUGUAUAUAUAUAUAUAAAGGUAAUCCUAUUAUGUUUGUUACUGCUCCUUUUUUUUUUUACUAUAUUCUGUACUUGAAAGUUCUUCCUGUUAUUAAUUUCUUUAUAAAUGUAUUUAGGUUUUUAUGCAGUAUUACUUUUUUCCAAAUGGAAUUGAUAUUGUUAAUGGUAAAGACACUCAGCAUUCAUGUAACAAACAGGUUCAUGGUGACAUCAUCCAUAUUUUGGGUCAAAGAUUCAACAUGUAGGUGCAUAUUAAUAUUUUGUCUUUUUUAUUUUCUUUUUAUGCUAUUUGUUGUAAUUUAUCUUAUUUGUAUUUAUUUUAUUUGCUUCUUUUCAACUAAGCAAAACUACAAUUUUAACUUUUGAUUCAUAUUUUUUUCUCAACAAUUUUUAAAAACAAGAGCUUUAAAAAUAAAUUAACUUCAUUUAGAAAUCUUGUCUCAUUACACCUAGUUUGUUGCAGCUCAGAGGGUUUGCCUCAUGAUUUAUGAAUAGAAUUUGUAUUAUAGAACUGCACAAAGACUUGCUAAUACUGAUACAGCAAUAAAGACUUCAGAAUAAAUGUA